CGAGGGAAUGAGCGGCUGAGCUGGCGGGGCUGCGCUGGCAGCGGGCAGCGCGGAGACCCUGCAGUGCCACCCGCAGGGAUCCCGCGGAAAGCUGGCGGAGAGGGAGCGCUGCUCCCUGCCAUGCCGGCACCGGUGCAUUUCCAGCGCAGAGCAGCGCGGGCUCCCUGCAGAGCUGGCCGUGCACAGCGCUCUUGUCUUUCUAGUUUAGAGAAAAAAAAAUAACCUGCAAAAAUACCUGUUUGCAGCUGCCAUGAAGGGAGUUUAUUUUGCUAACGCUGAAUUUCCUGACAUCUCUUGCUGGGAGCCGAUAGGGCCCUGCAGCUUUGCACUGACACAAAAUCACCUGGAAGGAGCUCUGCAGGCACUCAUGCUGCUUGAGAGACCCAACCACCCUUAUUUACAUUAUUCCUACACGUACACUCAAUUUUUCCUGCAUUUAUCACCAUGUCCAGCUUCCAGCUCAGGCAGCUGCUGUGUCAGAAGGGUUUGUGAGUCAGUGAUGAUAAAAAAGGGGCUAUUUUCUGUCUUGGCAUUAGGCAGCUGUCCUUAGCCUCACUCUGCUGCAGAUGGGACCUGCUCUAGUCCCUAAUUUGGGAUCUGGGGCAGGGUGUGCUCGGUGCAUCCCCUGGAUCAUCAGAAGGAGCAGGUCUUUUUCCCAGCUGAAAUGCUGGCCUUGGCAGCUCCAGGUUUUUAUGGGGCCAUCACAUCAUGAAAUGGAGGGAUGGGGAGCAUGGAUUGUUCCUGCAGAGCUGCCUGUCCGUGCAGGGGGCAGCCCGAACGGAGACACCUGCAUGGACCUGAGCAGCACCUCCACCUCUCCUUGAAUUAGACCAGGCUUGUUCAGAGCUUUCCGUGGUCCGUCGAGCGCAGAGAACACAAUUUCUGCUCUCUGGGGAUAUUCUGAGUUUAAACAGGCAGAGUGUGAGUGGUGUCCUCUCUUGACUUUGCAAACUCCUUUGCCUCUACCCAAACUGUUACUUGGAGGGCUUUUCCUUGCAAAUCCUUAAACUCUCUUACUGCAGCCCUUGAAGAUGUUUCUGUUAUUCCCAAGUGCUGGAUAACUCGAGCUAGCGGCCCGGGACUGCAGCCCCACCGCUCCGCGUUCCUCUGUCGCUUGCGAGCCGCAAGAUAAACACAACCGAUCUCGCUUUGCUCGGAUUUCAAAGGGCAUUUCGGGCAGAAAAGCGGAGCGGGGCCGCCCCUCGCUUUCGGGAGAGGGUGGCCGAGUAAACAUCUGGCCACGAACGUGAACCGCCGGGGCCGCGCUGGAGGUCGCGGCCGAGUGCCAGCGGUGGAUGUGCCGGGCUGCACAGCGUCCCCUCGCCGCGGCCAGCCCGGCAGCCCCCAGCCCCGUCCCCUUCCUCCGCGAUGUUUCCCUUAAGUGGUGCCGGGCUGUUUAGUCUUCCCCGGGCUUUGCGCUGGAACUUCCUUUGUUUAAUCGCCGCACAAAGAGAGGUUUGUUCGCUGCGGCAGCCGGCGGAACAAAGACGCUUCCACGUCUCCUGUUUUUCCAAGGCGGGAUGAAUCACUGAGCUCCGCGCGGUGCCGGUAUUCCCGGCGAUUUGCGUCGGGGAAGCGGCGCUCGGGGCGCCCGGCGGGGCCGCGCUGGCCGCGCUCCCGCAGCGCCGCUCCGCUCCCGCAGCGCCCCGCGCACCCCGCGCCGCUUUGACGUCGCUCUUUAACCCUUCCCCGGCCGUGCAGCCGCCGCUGCCGAGCAGGACCCCGCGCCUCGGCAUGCUCCAGGAGUUCAAGAGGAUGCUGAACCGGGAGCUCACCCACCUGUCCGAGAUGAGCCGCUCCGGCAACCAAGUGUCCGAGUACAUUUCCAACACCUUCCUGGACAAGCAGAACGAUGUGGAGAUUCCUUCUCCCACCCAGAAGGACAGGGAGAAGAAGAAAAAACAGCAGCUCAUGACACAGAUCAGCGGGGUGAAGAAACUCAUGCACAGCUCGAGCUUGAACAACACCAGCAUCUCACGGUUUGGGGUGAAGACAGAGAAGGAAGAUCACCUGGCCAAGGAACUGGAAGACCUGAAUAAGUGGGGCCUCAACAUCUUCAACGUGGCCAGGUAUUCGCACAACCGGCCGCUCACCUGCAUCAUGUACGCCAUAUUCCAGGAGCGGGACCUGCUGAAAACCUUCAAGAUCUCGUCGGACACGUUCGUGACGUACAUGAUGACCCUGGAGGACCACUACCACUCAGAUGUGGCCUACCACAACAGCCUGCACGCUGCUGACGUGGCCCAGUCCACCCAUGUGCUGCUCUCCACCCCUGCCCUGGACGCUGUCUUCACGGAUCUGGAAAUCCUCGCUGCCAUUUUUGCAGCUGCAAUCCAUGAUGUGGAUCACCCCGGGGUCUCCAAUCAAUUCCUGAUUAACACAAAUUCUGAGCUGGCCCUGAUGUACAACGACGAAUCCGUGCUGGAGAACCACCACCUGGCCGUGGGCUUCAAACUGCUCCAGGAGGAGCACUGUGACAUCUUCCAGAACCUGACCAAGAAGCAGCGCCAGACCCUCAGGAAGAUGGUGAUUGACAUGGUGUUGGCCACUGAUAUGUCCAAGCACAUGAGUCUGUUGGCCGAUCUGAAGACUAUGGUGGAAACGAAGAAGGUGACCAGUUCAGGAGUUCUCCUUCUGGACAACUACACGGACAGAAUACAGGUUCUCCGGAAUAUGGUGCACUGUGCAGACCUGAGCAAUCCCACCAAGUCUCUGGAGCUCUACCGGCAGUGGACGGACAGGAUCAUGGAGGAGUUCUUCCAGCAGGGAGACAAAGAGAGGGAGAGAGGCAUGGAAAUCAGCCCCAUGUGUGACAAACACACGGCCUCCGUGGAAAAAUCCCAGGUGGGAUUCAUCGACUACAUCGUCCAUCCUCUCUGGGAGACGUGGGCUGACCUGGUGCAGCCCGACGCCCAGGACAUCCUGGACACUCUGGAGGACAACAGGAACUGGUACCAGAGCAUGAUACCUCAGAGCCCAUCGCCUCCCCUGGAGGAGCGGGGCCAGGACUGCCAGGGCCUGAUGGAGAAGUUCCAGUUUGAACUGACGCUGGAGGAGGAGGAUUCGGACGGGCCCGAGAAGGACGGCGAGACCCUCGGCUACUUCAGCAAUACAGAGACGCUCUGCGUGGCCCAGCCCGGGGAGGAGGAGCCCCAGAGGGAGGCCACCAUCGAGAUUGUGACAGAAGACACGUCUCCUGUGGACACAUAAUGGCCUGGCCCCGCGGGAGUGGCUUUUAAACACUUGCGGAGCUUGCGAGCGGUCUCCGACAGCCUCUGCAGCCGGGGCUGAGCCUCUGCCAUGGGCUGGCAGAUCCUCCAGCUACUUGAGAUUGGAGUCAGGGUUACAGAUGGGGUAGGGAGUGAUUGCUCAGGAAAUGCACGGGUGAUUUGCGUUGUGGUUUGAGCCUCGUCAGCCGAGAGCACCGCGUUGUCCUGGAGCUGGCUUGGGUCGGGCCGAGGCGGCGCUGACACACAACUGAGAGAUUUUAUACUGUUAGUUUUGGAGUUUAUACCAGUUAGACUGAUAGAAACUACUGAUCAAUAACUCAUAUCCAACCUGUCCACCUGUCUGCAGACCUGUGUGCCUUCUUUGUAAACACUUUCAUGUCUUUUCAAGAGUCUCUUAAUUCAACACACGGAGCUUGGUAGUUCAAAAGCGACACAAGGUGUUUCGGAAUUGACGGCUACUUUUUGGAUUCUUCCUGUUACCAGAAGCAGUCUUCCUUUUUUUUCGUGGGCAAUACCUGUCACUUUAUUGCAGUUAAUCACUUUGACAGACUAAACAGAAGGGGAAACCCUCUGCUUUGCAUUACUGCACCUUCAGUGUGUUCUUAAUCCCCCCGGUGACCCGUUGGGAGUCACGCGGUGCCGUCGUGCACCGUUCCCUCGCUGGGAACAGCAGGAAUUUUUUCCUCCCCGGGGUUUGGGUUUGUGGUGAGCAGGACAGAGGGCAGGUUUUUUUUUCCCUGGCACAGCUCAGUCCAUCCCUGAGUAAGCGUGGCAAGGCGGUGUGUGACACGCCUUCCCCCUCGGCAGCUCCCUGGAAUUUGCACGCUCGGAUAUUUGUGUUUCUCUGGCCUCUCGUCCACGUUCCCUAGGUUUAGGUCCACCAUCCUCCUCCUCCUCCUGCACUGCCUCGAGCUCUACCACCUCCAUUACUGUUUAUAACAGUGUAUUUAUUACCUACUGUACAUACUGUAAUGUUUUGUAAGUUAUUAAUUUAUAUGAAUUAGCAUCGCCUGUCGGCGGCGAUGUUAAUGGGGUAGAAAACUCGGAAUAAGAGUUGCCUUUUUUUCUUGUAACCUUUUGUAUUGCAUAAAGUCCAAGAACCUGAACAUAGCUGAAGAGACAGACACAACCCAGGAAGGGCAUUCGGGUGGCAGCCGCCCGUGGGGAGGGGACACCGCAUCCCAGGGCAGCGAGUUUGGGAAUCUGCCAGGAACGCAGAGAGGGGGAACUGAACAAAGAACUCCCCACGCCCGGGCCGGCUUUUCAAUGUCACAAUGUUCCAAUUUCUGAACAACCCAAUGUGAAUCUCUAUGACAAAACAAAAAUGUGAACUGAUGUAAUAAUUGUGCUGUGAAACUUCCUCUGACAAAGCUUGUCCGGCAUCGUGAGCGGUGUCAAUCUCAGUUUGUAAAAUAUGUUUCAAGCUUUUUGGUCCAACUCGUGACUAAUUAGUUCAUGACAAUAGCACAGUUGUGCAUGAUCAAUGGGUUUGUUUGUCUGUUGAACACUGCAUUGUUCCAGGUGGUUAUUUUAUUGUUCCCCAAAGUUUCACACUAUGUAUGUUAUAGUAUUCUAUAUUGUGUUCAGACGCAUUCUUAAGAGAUUUUUAUAUGAAGUGAAUAAAUGAAAGCAUGACCCAGC